AGUUUUCUUAUUUUUCUGAAGGACCCCCCUGUGCGUGUGAGGACCUGUCGGGAUGUCUCUGGCGGAUGAGCUCUUAGCUGACCUCGAGGAAGCGCGUGAUGAGGAGGAGGAGGAGAGAGGAGAUGGGGAUGGAGGCAGCGGGCUGGGGGAGGAGAGCGGCCCGGAGCUGGAGGACAUCCAGGAGGAGAUGGAGACGGAUUUCGGCGGAGCGGAGAGCGUCACGAGCAUCGCCAAGCUGAGGCACAGCAAGGGGUUUUCAGACAUCAUGCAGAAGGUUGGAGAGUAUGUCGAGACUCAACGGACCAACUCUGAAGUGACCGGUCCUGUUGAAGCCGACCCAGAGUACAGACUGAUUGUCGAUGCCAACAACCUGACUGUGGAGAUUGAUAACGAGCUGAAUAUCAUCCACAAAUUUGUUCGUGAUAAGUACUCCAAGCGCUUCCCGGAGUUGGAAUCGCUGGUGCCGAACUCGCUGGACUACAUCCGGACUGUCCAGGAGCUGGGGAAUAACCUGGACAAGUGCAAGAACAACGAGAAUCUGCAGCAGAUCCUGACCAACGCCACCAUCAUGGUGGUCAGCGUGACGGCGUCCACCACGCAGGGUACGAUGCUGGCGGAGGAUGAGCUGAUCCGAUUGGUGGAAGCUUGUGACAUGGCCCUGGAGCUCAACCAAUCGAAGCACAGGAUCUACGAGUAUGUGGAGUCCAGAAUGUCCUUCAUCGCGCCCAACCUGUCAAUCAUUGUGGGGGCCUCAUCUGCUGCCAAAAUCAUGGGUACCUAAACACAGUGUCUGUCUAACCUGUCCAAGAUGCCGGCCUGUAACCUGAUGCUGCUGGGAGCCCAGAGGAGAUCCCUGUCCGGGUUCAGCACCACCUCCCUGCUCCCCCACACCGGAUACAUCUACCACAGCGACAUCGUGCAGGCACUGCCCACGGACCUGCGUCGCAAAGCGGCGAGGCUGGUGUCGGCGAAGUGCACGCUGGCUGCGCGGGUGGACAGCUUUCACGAGAGCACUGAUGGCAAGGUGGGUUAUGACCUGAAGGAGGAGAUCGAGAGGAAGUUUGAUAAGUGGCAGGAGCCCCCGCCAGUCAAGCAGGUGAAGCCGCUGCCAGCCCCCCUGGACGGGCAGAGAAAGAAGAGAGGGGGCCGCAGGUAUCGAAAGAUGAAGGAGCGCUUGGGUCUGACUGAGAUCAGGAAGCAAGCCAACCGAAUGACUUUUGCUGAGAUUGAAGAGGAUGCCUACCAAGAGGACCUGGGCUUCAGUCUGGGUCAGCUAGGCAAGUCCGGGAGCGGCCGAGUCAGACAGGCUCAGGUCAACGAGGUCACCAAGGCCAGGAUCUCCAAAUCACUGCAGCGCACGUUGCAGAAGCAGAGCAUGGUAUAUGGAGGCAAGUCCACAGUGAGAGACCGAUCUUCUGGGACCAGCUCGAGUGUGGCCUUCACCCCCCUACAGGGUCUGGAGAUCGUUAACCCUCAAGCUGCCGAGAAGAAAGUUGCUGAAGCCAACCAGAAGUACUUCUCAAACAUGGCAGAGUUCCUGAAAGUCAAGCGAGAAUCGGACAGCAAACCCUGAGACUACAUCUCUGAGUGCAGUGUCCUGCCUGGACUACAGCUCCCUCGCCAGCCCUGCAACAGAGUCCCACUCACACACACACACACACACACACACACACACACACACACACACGCAAGUUCACACAUGCUCUGGACUACAGUUCCCAGAAACCAUUACACAGUUUGGGGAAAAUAUUUGCUGUGGGUCAAACAACGAAAAUUGGCACAGCUUAUAAUCCUUUUCGUUCCAUUCUGCAGUUCCCAGAAGCCCUUGUUUAGCAUGGACUGUGUUUUCACCACUAUGAAGAAGUACGCUCCCCAAGAAUGAUAGAAUCUGCUUCAGUGCCAUCCUCUCUGCUUCUGCUCAUCACUGAGAUGUGAACAGUUCUGAUCUUUUCUCUAUUGCCAGGAAAAGAAAACGCAACACAAAGUGGCCGAUCGCGAGAUGCUGCUGACUGGAAAGCGCUUUAAUACACACGUAUCUAAAUACCGUUCCUUUAGUUUAAUAAUUGCAAUCAGAGUUACUCCUGGUGGUUCCAGCGGCAUGAGAAUGAAGCUGCUUUGUCUUAAGUUAUUCAAAGUAGAAAAUAUAUAGGGAAACAAUGUUCAGAUCCACAGUGAUCCGGGGAGCAGAGAAAGUGGCCCCAUAGCUUGUGCAUUAGCCUUGAUUAUUCAAACCGAUUAUCGACCUGUGAAACUGAUUUGUUUUAGAUAGUGCCGCACAAACCCAUGUAUGAUUUGGAUUCAGCUCUCCGCAGGCCACUGGUGUCGAUCGGGCUGAAAAACAGCUGCUUGGGUUUGUGGAUCUCUGUUCUCCGCAGUCCAAGGUCGACACCAGCGCCCCUCCCCUGGUUUUAGAUAAUUGAGAUAUAGCUGCAUUUUGACUUUCUCAUUCAAAGUGCAUCUUUUUAAAUGUAACUGAAGCAUACGGGACUGUACUGUGGAGGCUGGGGGCUGCACCAGAUAACUGAGGUGUUGUGAAGAUUCAGGUUUUACUGUGCAGGAGAGGGGAAAGGGGUUUGUAAACCUGGCAGACUUCACUAACCCUAGUUCAGUUUCACAUUGGGGUCUCUUUGUUUUAGUAAGCAUGUCCUGUAUUUAAGUUUAAAUAUUGUGGGUUUUUUUAUUUUUAAAUAAAUAACUUGUACUGGUA